AUGGCUUCUCAGGGAGCUUCAAAGAUGGGCAACCUGCCGGCGGUAAAGCGACAGCACCUGCUUGCCGAAUUUGCCGGUCUCAAGCAGGCGUGUCCCAACAGCGUAUAUGUUAGUCUGACGCCAGGAGACCCGAGCCUAUGGUCGGGCGUUAUAUUCGUGCGCCGAGGUCCCUACGUCACCGCCAUUCUCCGUUUCCAAAUAUCGUUUCCUGACACGUAUCCCAGCCUGCCGCCGCUCGUCACCUUCUCGACCGACAUAUUCCACCCUCUCAUCGCCCCCCUGACCACGUACAUGUACACGACCGACAUCCAGGAUAAUGGUACUGUUAGUGCCACGGACGAGGAGCGUCUCCCCCCGGGCGGCUUCAGCCUGCGCCAUGGCUUCCCCGAAUGGUUCGGCAGGGGUCGCCGGAGCAGGCAGGUCAGCGCCCAGAGGCCCACCACGCCGCUCCACACCCCCCCACGUCCCACUGCAGGGUCUAGACUUCAGCCCAGUUCAGUGACAAGCACCCCGACCUCGGCUGCCUCGUCAUCCCUGGCCGGCUUGACUCCGGCUUUCAUGCAGACCCGGCCUAGGGACGUCUCCACGUACGACGUCCUACGCUACAUCCGCAGCGCCUUUGACGACGAGGAAGUCCUCGACUCGAUCCCACUGGAGGCCGCUGGCAACCCUGGCGCCUGGCACGCCUGGCGCGCCCAUCGCCGCCGGACCGGCAAGGCAUUGCCCCCAGCUCCUGGAGAGGACGGCGACUCGGCAUCCACCAGCAGCCCCCCCUCGAGUGUGGUGGGGGGAGGAGGGGGAGUAGGAGCAACCGCGAGACGGCCGGCAGCGUGGAACUGGGAGGGCGUCUGGCUGGAGCGGUCCAAAAGGGGUAUUGCCGGUAGCUUGUCCGAAGCCGUGCUGUAUGGCAAUGCCGGUACGGCAGAUGAACUGAUAAAUUUCCUCAAUAUGGAUGACACGGACGUGGAUGGUAUUAAGAAAAACCUCCUUCGGACCCUGGGCGCAACAUCCUAG